AUGGAGCAGCUGGAUGAAGCGCCCUGUGAGGCAGGACGCCUGCGCUUUUGGGUGACCCUGCUCAGUGGCGAGAAGGCCUGCGUUGUCGCCCAAAGCAGCGACACGCUUCGCCAACUCCGAGAUGUGGCACAGCGAGCACUCGGGAGGCCUUUGCUGGGCUUUGCUCCUUCCGACUCCCCUGGCGAGGUGCCUUUGCCAUUGGAUGCCACGAUUGCGGAGCUGAAUCUUCCCCAGGACUCGGUGCUUUCAGCCCUGGUGGGCCGCUUGCGUGUGCAGAGCACACGAUUUGCUUUUGCGGCUUGCCAGGGCGAUGGCUCGGUGGUGUCAUGGGGUUCGCCCUUCGCUGGUGGAGACACCAGCGAGGUCGAGCAUGAGCUGAUGGACGUCCAGGAGGUCGCUGCCAAUUUAAUGGCAUUUGCUGCAAUUCGUGUCGAUGGCUCUGUCGUGGUGUGGGGCCAUCAGUCCUGCGGGGGUCAGAUAGACGAGAGCUUGCAAGCCAAGCUGAGUGAGAAUGGCGGCGUCCGACGAAUCGUGACCACAGACCGAGCGUUUGCGGCAUUGAAGCGCGACGGCAGCGUGGUGAGCUGGGGCUGCAUGUAUCCAAGUGCACAAACCCCGGACCUUGGAACACGGCGAAUUAGCAGCAUCUACGCAACCCGCGCCGCCUUCGCAGCAGUUGAUGCAGGCGGCGGUGUAGUUACGUGGGGCCACGCAGCUUGCGGUGGCGAUUGCACAGCCGUGGCACAGCACCUGCAGGAAGGCGUGACGCGAGUGUAUUCGACCGACAAUGCUUUCGCAGCGCUACGACGAGAUGGCGCCGUCGUGACUUGGGGAUCUCAGACCGCCGGUGGCAAUUCAGAUGCGGUGCAUGACCUGCUUCAACAAGGAGUGCAGAAGGUCGUCGCCACAGAAGCUGCCUUCGCCGCGCUAUGUGCCGAUCGAAGCGUGGUAGCCUGGGGCGACCACCUUGCUGGUGGAACUCUGGAGGCGCCGCUGCAGGAUGUUGCUGACCUUUGUUCAUCGCGCAGUGCUUUUGCUGCACUGCAGAUGGAUGGCACCGUCCGGCCCAUCACGAGACUAAGUAGAUUCCAGAUUGUGGACACCAUCGAUGUACCCAUUGAGCGUCCGUCUCUCCUGUCUUUCCCUCUCUCUCUCUCUGUCUCUCUCUCUGUCUCUCUGUGUCAGUCCCUCUUUCGUUCUCUCUCAUUCGCUCUUUCACUCUGGCUCACUCCCUCUUUCUCUCUGUCUCUCUCUUUCCGUCUCUCUAUAGAUACAUAG